UACAUUUUCAGAUAAACGUGAGGACAUACAAAACAUCGAGAAGAAGGUAAAUACAAUUCUAAAAGAUGCAUAUACAAUGUAUAUAGAAUGAACGAAGUUGUCUAAAUCAGAGCCGAGCAGAUUUACAGAGCCAGUCCUCAAAACAGUAGCAUGCCAGGACAUUCUACCCCCCUCCCACCUAACUGUGUGAGAGUAUACACACUUACUGUUGUGUUGUAGACAUGCAGACAUCAUUGUUCAGACUAUCACUAAUAAACAGAGCUCUUCGUUCAAGUUGAAUUUAUAUUUACUGAAGGCCUUCAAUUUCAGCGGAGAAGGCGACAGUAUUCACCAGUUGUCUUCAUUUGGGAAUGACUUUUCCUGAACCACCUUUUUGAUGAAAAAUAACCAAAUGAUAUAAUAUAUAGGAAUACAUACAUAUGCCUCACGUUCCUUUACUUGCUGCCAAUUUGUUUUUUCAAUAUCGGGGUUGUAUAUAACUGUAACCUGACCAGGACCUUUAAGGCUAGGGUGGCAUUUUUGGACAAGGGCUGUCUUUUACAACCAAGUCAGAUCUCUAGACAAAGGGUCUCGUCAACCUUGGCUGGUUCCUCUUCCAGAAAGAUAACACAUUACAAACACACUGCUGCCUUUCUGCUGUAUCAUAUAUGGGAAAGGCUGAGAGAAAUCCCUUAGGCUACUCAGUAUGCCACUGUCUUCUAAACCCCAAAGACAGCUCUUCCAACGUCCCUGAUAACAAGCAAUAAUUUAGCCUUUACCUUCUAUCUGUCAGAGAAGCUAUCCAGGUAAAUCCGGCAUAACCUCAUAGUGAUUGCAGACCCGGGCACCAGAAUUCGAAGUCUAUCAGAAGUAAACCCAGCUUGAUUGGGGUAGAAUGCGGCACAAGUGGAUGCUUCUGAUUGUUGGGGGUAUCAAUGAAUGGUGUCUUGAUUAGUCUGACACACGACAUAAAAUAUAAGGCAGCCAGGAAGGAAGAAAAGCACCUGUUGAUGCUGAAACCUUAUUGAGCUAUUAAACAUAUAACUGCAAUGUUGAUAUCCAAGUAGACUGAAGUUGGCAUUAAACCAAAUUUAUCCACCCAGCCCCUCACCCACUCACUUAAAAGACUGAAGGUGACAUUAAAGUCAACGCUCACUGAACAAACUGGCAUUAAAGUCAACCCAUCAAUCCAACUAUACACACAACAGACUGACGGUGACAUUAAAGUCAACCCACCCAUCCAAUCACACACUAAAUAGACUGAAGGUGACAUUAAAGUCAACCCAUCCAUCCAAUCACACACUAAAUAGAAUGAAGAUGAAACCCACCCAUCCAAUCACACACUAAAUAGACUGAAGGUGACAUUAAAGUCAACCAACCCAUCCAAUCACACAAUCUUAUGUUGCUAAAUAUGUAAGAUAUGUUCCAGAUACGUAAGCUAAUGGAAGAUAUUGAACUCAAAAAAGACGAAAUAGCAAAGUUUGAGGAAAACGUUAUACCGGAACUAAAGAAACAGAUUGAAGAAGCUGAAAUAAGACUUGAAGUGCUCAAAGAUACUGUUGAAGAUACAUCGAAUGCCAUCCCGGCCCUGGAAAAACAGGUGCAGGACCUGAUACAGAACCUCACAAAAUAUGGCACUGAUGUAAAAGCUGAAAGGGAGAGCAUUGCGAAACUUUACAGAUUGGUUCUUCAGUUGGGAAAUGACCUUUCAGAUGCAGAGAAUUGAAGUCGAACAAGCAAAACAAAAGCGCCAAUGUGAAGAUGAACUGAGAAAAAAUAUAGAAUUACAGAAACAGAUACAAAAGCUACGUAAGGUAAUUGAGGAAAAGGACGCUAACCAAAUCAAGCUGGAACAUCAACUUAAAG